CACUAAAUUGCAACCUUAUUUGUGACUUUUUUUAUGUGAAGGUAUCGUAUACUUUUUCUUAACAAAAUUAUGUCCAGGAUGUUAUAGGAUAUUGGUAUUCACCCAACUUCUACGUACAGGUAACGCACUGCGAUUUGAAGCAUCAAAGGGGGCAAUGGACACCAUAGAAGACCUCUUUCGGCGUGGAUUCACAAACAGUGAAAUAUUAGUUGUUUUGGAGGAAUCUCACCACAUAAAAUUGAGCCUCCGGACCUUGGAGAGGAUGUUGAGGAAGAAAAAGUUGUGGAGGAGAAGAAAUAAGACUGAUGAAAUGGAAGUGGCGAACUUUAUAGAACACCAGUUGCAAACAUCUGGAAAGCAACACGGCUACAGAUGGAUGCACCAAAAAUGUUGGCUAUCUGGGAUUAUUACGGACAGAGAAACUGUGCGCCAAUUGAUGCGACUGAUGGAUGGUCAUGGGGUAGAUCUGCGCGCGCGCAACCGUUUGAGAAGGCGUGCAUAUGUGAGUCGUGGGCCAAACUAUGUUUGGCAUAUAGAUGGGUACGACAAAUUAAAGCCAUAUGGUAUAUGUAUUAGUGGUUGUAUAGACGGCUUCUCAAGGAAAAUUAUGUGGCUUGAAGCAUAUAAAACAAACAAUAACCCCCAUGUGAUCGCGGGCUAUUUUAUUGAUGCAGUUGCUGAGAACAAUGGAUAUCCCGAAAAAGUUAGGUUAGAUCAUGGAACAGAGAAUGUCCACGUAGCAGAAAUGCAAAGGUUUCUGCACAGCGGCGAAAGUGGGAGCGCCAGUAUGGAGUGUGUCAGUGUAGGGCCAAGCACAGGCAAUCAACGAAUUGAACGUUGGUGGUGCACAUUGAGAGGUGAAUGGACACAAUUCUGGAUGGACCAUUUUGAUCAGCUGAGAGCAGAUGGAUUCUUUUUCGACAGCUACAUCGAUAAAUCACUGAUCCAGUUUUGCUUCCAGAACACCAUACAGGAGGAGCUUAAUGAAGUUGUAUCCGCUUGGAACAACCACCGCAUAAGGUCAACCAACAAUCCCCGAGCUCCAGCUGGUCGCCCUUCCAUAAUGUAUGCAGUGCCAAACCUUUAUGGAGCUCAGAAUUUCCUACGGCCAGUUGAUCUGAACAAAGUACAGUUAUGCCAAGAGGACUGCUGCUUUAAGGACUAUCCAUGUGAUGAGGAUGUGUUUCACUUAUGUUUGGAAUUUAUGACUGAGCACAACCUGGCAAUGCCUGAUGAUGUAUAUGGAAUCACUGACCUUUACUUGAGACUUCGUCAGAUGAUCACUGAUGGGCUGGCGGAAUAAGUUGCAUUCUUUUGAAAAAUAAAAUCCCAGUCAUUACAUAUUAAUGAAUGAGGAUUUAAGGUAUGUCAAUCCUA